AUGGAAUUGAAUUUGAUAAACAGUCCCUCAAUCAAUGAAUGCAAGGCUGAAGGAAACAGCAAAGACUUUCGAAGAAAACAUGAAGUUCCCCCAGGAGCCACUGUUAUUAGCUUGCUUCCUGGGAGCAGAGUACAAGAAGUCAGUCGGAUGCUUCCCAUUUUCACAAACACAAUGGAACUACUGAAAGACAAUGUUCCACAGUUGAUGACAAUCAUUCAUGUUGCCCCUAAUGAACACGUGGAAAACUUCAUUGCCGGUGCUGUUCAUAGAUGGCCUGUCCCUGUUGUAUUAAUUCCUGGUGGAACGACACACAUGAGAUAUGAUGCUUUUAGUGCUAGUAAAGUUGCAUUGUGCACAUCCGGGACAGUUGCUGUGGAGCUGCAGCUUGCACGCUUACCUUGUGUUGUGGCAUAUCGUGCCCAUAUUUUGACUGAAUGGUUUAUUAGGUACAAAGCCAAGAUACAAUACAUAUCACUUCCAAAUAUUCUUUUGGAUUCAGCCAUUAUUCCCGAAGCACUUUUUCAAUCCUGCAAACCGGAAAACCUAGCUCUGUUGCUCAAAGAUUUAAUACAUGAUCAUGUUUGUCGAGAAAAACAAAUACUUUCAGCGCAAAAGUUUGUCGAGCUUCUAAUGCCUUCAGAAAGAAUAAACCAGAACCUUGCAAAGCAAAGUUUGUUGGGAGAAUGUCUUGAUUACAGUCCAAGUGCUGUUGCAGCAUUGACUAUAUUAAACUUUGGGAAGCCUGUGAUUCAUGACUAA